AUGUGGGAGUUACAAGAACAUGAAAUGGGGAGAGAUUCCUACUUAUCUUAUUUAAUCGGUCAACUAGGUGGUAUUAAUUUUGGGGGUUCAGAGUGUGAUUUCAUGAUAUCCACUGAUAAAAAUGGGGAGGCUACAGCCUUAAUAUCUGUUAGCAAUGAGGAUGAAUGUCGUUUAAUUUUGUCACGGAGAUCCCCUGGGCAGGCAAUCGUCAACGGUGGAACACUGUCUCCAGGUUGUCGGAGUAUACGUUCAGGAGAUAUAAUACAAUUCGUUAGUGCACCGAGCAAAUUCUUUACACUUAAGCACGUGUAUGCCAAUCUCCUCUUCUCUUCAAUGGGCAAGCAGGCGAAGAAAAAGGCAAAGUCAACUGCCGCGCUUAUCCAUGCUAAUGUUUUAAGUGAAUGGUCCAAAGAGUGUGAUCUUCUCGUUAUGUCUUCUUUGAUUGUCACGUCUAAGGUUAUAUGCGCAUUACUUCAUUGCAUUCCGAUUGUCACACCGGAAUUCUUAGAAGAAGUAAAACAGAUUAGUACACGUAAAUUUGCAGCCAAACCGGAUCCACAAAGCUUUUUACCUGUUAUAAAGGAGGAAAAAUUAACACAAAAUGAUGCAUCCAGAUUUUUGCCCAAUAAUUUACGCCGUGAUUUAUUUCGUGGGAAAACAUUUUUUGUUUUCAGUAAAGAUAAGUACGAUCGUCUUGUGGAGAUUAUUCGUUUGGGAAACGGCAAGAUACAUCUACUUGAUUCGUGUGAUGCUCUACUUACUUUGGCCGCAGAAAGUGAUGUGUAUGUUUCUGGAGAUUUCGCAGUAAAUGAUAUCCUUCGUGAUGUUUUGUCGAAGUCUGGAUCUUGUGUUAUUCAUUUACAUCCUACCUCACUCACUCAACAAUGGCAACGCAAGGUCUAUUCAGUGUUACGUAGUUUAAAUCAGCGACCCAUUCUUGAAUCUGAAUUGGGUUUCGCUGUGAUAUAUUGCUCCACAGAGUUAUAUUGUAAUCCCCGGAAACAUUGUCCUGAUGGACUAUAUCAGGAAGUCAAUGUAUCCGAAGCAUUUUCGGUAAAUCCAUUUCAAAUUGACUCGGAAGCUUUUACAUCACAAACCAAUGAAUUGUGUAAUACGGUGAAUGGUUUUGAGGUGUCCAGUUCAUUUCAAAAAAACUUUUCAUUGAAAACGGAUAAAAAUGAAUCGAAUACUGGACAGAAAUUAAGUUUGUUUCAAACCACGGAGUCAAACGAGAAUAAAGGCAAAUCCACUGUCUCUAAAAUAGUUCCUUUAGUAACUCCUGAACGCAAAACUCCUGGGGGUUUGUUAGUGCAAGAUUCAGAACCAGCAUUUAGUCCAAAAUUUGCUAAUCGAUCUCCAUUUCCACCAGUGGGUUCCGAAAAUCAAGAACCUCACAAACCAGAAACGGUUUCUAAGAAGACUGCAGUCAUUUCAAUUACUGAAUCUGCACUCGUUCAUCAACCUUCAGAACACAGUGAUUAUGUCUUAAAAUUAUUUGAUAGUAUACCUCCACUUGAAUUACCAAAGAAGAAGAAGACUGUACUAUCAGAGUCAACAAAUAAAAGUCAGAGUAGUGUAGUACAAUCUGGUGUUAAUUGUGGCCGUGAGUUAGAUUCUGUUCAAUGUGAGUUAUCUGCAUCGCGUAAAGAUUCAGUUUUGGCUGUUGUCACUGAAACAGAUUCAAGUGAUUCAGCAAAUUGUGAACCUAAUGAUGCUCCUUUGAAACAGUCGGACAGUGACAAAAUGGUGUCAGACAAACUUGGGCGUUUGUUAGUGCAGGAUUCAGAACCAGCAUUUAGUCAAGAAUUUGUUAAUCAACCUCCAUUUCCAUCUCUGGGUGUUGAAAAUCAAGAACCUUAUAAAUCAGAAACAGUUUCAAAGAAGACUGCUGUCAUUUCAAAUACUGAAUCUUCAUUCGUUCAUCAACCUUCAGAACACAGUGAUUAUGUCUUAAAAUUAUUUGAUAGUAUACCUCCACUUGAAUUACCAAAAAGAAGAAGACUGUACUAUCAGAGUCAACAAAUAAAAGUCAAAGUAGUGCACUGUGAGUUAGAUUCUGUUCAAUGCGAGUUACCUGCAUCGCGUAAAGAUUCAGUUUUGGCUGUUGUCACUGAAACAGAUUCAAGUGAUGCAGUAAAUUGUGAACCUAAUGAUGCUCCUUUGAAACAGUCGAACAGUGAUGAAGGGGCGCCAGAUGGAUGGCUUCGGAAACGUGUGGGUGUUGAAACUGAUUCCGUGGAUAACAACCAAUGUGCAAAAGUCGCUCCUAUGACCAUCACAACUAAGGUUCCAAAGUUCAUUGCGAGUACCCAACAGAACAAUAAGAGAAAUUUCAAACAAUUUGUUAAAGUUUGGCCAACCCAUCUUCGUCGUAAUACACAGAUGAGGUCUAGUAUUCAUCCUUGUGUGUCAAGACCUAUUCCUCUAGCUCCUUUUCACCAAACACUUGAGAAGAAACGUGAAGAAUGUAAAACUAUUGUCCAGUCAAAAAUCUCAUCAGAAGAUGAGAGACGAGAACGAAUAAACAAGCUGUUUGAAGAAUGCUGCGAACCUCCACCUCUGCGGAAGUUCCGAACAACCAUCGAGGUCUGA